CACGCCCUGUUCAUGUGUCAACAAUGGCAGCAGAGGGAGAUUUCCUGACGCGCUAUCGCGCGGUGUCCAACAAGCUCAAGAAACGCUUUCUUCGGAAGCCCAACGUCGCUGAAGCAAGCGAACAGUUUGGUCAACUAGCUAAAGAGCUGAAACAGCAGGACUGUCUUCAGUAUGCAGCCUUCUGUAAUCUGGCCAUGGCUCGGUGUGAGCAGACUCUGUUUAAUGCACCGGGGGAGGCCUUGGCUCUGACUGAUGCUGCUCGACUCUUCCUAGCCUCAGAGCAGGAGAACAGAGCUUUGCAGGCUCCAGGCUUUGAUGAGCACCUGCAGGCCGCCCUUAAUUGUUACAGCUUUGCCAUAAAGGUAUAUAUUGAGAUGAAUCAGCCAGUGAUGGCUGCCAGUCUCUCCCUUGAACUUGGCAAUGCUCUCAAGGAGAUGAACAGGCCCGGAGAGGCUGUAGUGCACUUUCAGAGAGCUGCAGAGCUUCAGACUCAGACCCCUAUUGAGUCUCUUUUGUCUCUAUGGGAGAUGGCCUCCUGCAAAAUACUGACACGUGAUUAUGAUGGUGCGCUGGCUGUGCUUUCGGAAAUGCAGAUUAUGUGUCAGGAAAGAGGGCUGCAGCUUCCCGGCACAAACACCCCUGUCGGUGCGUUUAUGGACAUAAUAGCAAAGUGUGAAAUCUCCAGAGUGCUCCUGCUCAUGCUGCUCGAGCCUCCCCCACAGAAGCUACUGCCGGAACAUGCACAGACACUAGAGAGAUACGCCUGGGAAUCCUUCGACUCACACAGUCAAGUGAACUUCCUCCCAGAAGAUGUCUUCCUCCUGCUGCAGUCUGUGGUGAUGGCAUGUCAGGAGAAAGAUACAGAAUCUCUCAAGUCUCUCCAGACAGAAUUAUGGCCUCUUCUUACUGCAGAGCAGAAUCACCUCCUCCACCUUGUUGUCCAGGAAAGAAUCACCCCCUCUGGUCAGGGAGUUUAGUUCAGCCCAGUCGUGCACACCCCCAUACAGUAUCACUCUGUGAAACAUUCCUUUUCCAAUGCCUGGUGCAUUAAGCAAGGGAGUCUUACAGAAGGUCAGUGAUAGAGCGAUGGAACUGUACAUGUGUAUACAUUGAAUUUUGUUAUAGAAAACAGAACAUUCAUUUAAGCUGAUAUGUCAGUGAAAUACUAAAAGGAACUUGGACUCUUAACAAAAUGGUUCCCAUGAUCUAUUUUGUCCUCCAUCUUGAUUUCAUGUAUGGUAUUCAUUUUGGAUGGUGAUGUUUUAAAUAAGUUAAAAGAUUUUUGAUAUUUAUUAAAAAAAUGUAUUGAGAUGUAUUGACCAUUGCUGUAAAUAAAGUCAAGUAGUAAUCAUAGUCA